AUGCAAGGCGUCCAGGGCAUAGGCACAGGUGUGCUUCUGCAAGUCCAACGUCUCGUUGCAGAGCGCCUAGGGAAUGCACCAUCAACGGCCCUUGUGGAUGUUCAAAGCUAUUUCACCGCGAUACUCGAAAGAUUGGUGGCCCUUCUCACGGCUGGCAUCGUGGCCGGUACAAGCCAAAGUGCUAUUGUCGUUGGUCCGCGUGGUUGUGGUAAAUCAAGUCUGCUUCGCCGCGCGCUGGCCGCCGUCCAAGCGAACAAGGCUGCCAGCACGCGAGGUUUCCGCCUAGUCGAAUGCUCGGCGCUCGUUCAGACGGCCCGCGCCCUGCGCGAGGCCCUUCUGGCCGGUGACCGAGCCACCUCACAAUGUCUCGUGGUAGUUCUCGAUGAGAUUGACCUUUAUGCCCAUAGCAGCCAGCAACUUCUUCUCUAUACACUCUUGGACCUGGUCCAGAGCGGCAACGCUCCGCUGGUGGUCAUUGGACUCACCUGUCGCCUCGACGUCACCUCGCUUUUCGAGAAGCGCGUGCUCUCCCGCUUCUCUCGCCAGCAAGUGCACUUGCAACACACGUGGGAUUUUGCCGGCUAUGCUAGCGCUUUUGCCAAGCUCUUGCGCCUCCCAGACGAGGACAAGGACUCGGCCAAGGACACCGCCCCAAGAGCUUCUGUGCGUGAGCAAUGGAACACAAGCGUAGAGGCAGUGGUCGACAAUGCUUCCGUCCGACGCGAAUUGGAACAGCUCUUCUUCACCAGCCGCGGCAACCUUCGUUUGCUGCAACAAGUGGCCAUGUCCGCCUGCACGGCUGUCGGUCCAGAUGAACCCUUUCUCGAAGCUGCCCAUGUGUACGACGGCCGGAUAGCCCAAUGUGCCGAUGCCCGUGUAUCCCUCCUCCUUUCCGCGUCCGGCCUUGAGCUCAGCUUGGUCAUUGCCUAUAGCCAGCUUUUGCAUCGCGGAGCCAGCUCUGCAAACUUUGAACAAAUCUUCGACACCUACCGUGCUUUCACGCGCCGCAUCCAGCACGAUGGUGGUUUAGAUCUUUAUCAAAAGCCCGUGGCCCUCAAAGCUUUUGAGCACCUCUGCAGUAUGGAGCUUUUUCGCCCCGCUGAUGGGCGCAACUACCCGGUCACAGACCCCUAUCGGGCCAUGCAGCUCAUGCUGACACCGCCGCAGCUAGCCGAGGUUUUAGAAAAAUGCUCAACUCUCCCGACCAAGGUCAAGGUCUGGGCCAAAUCAGGCGGCACUGAGAUGAAUUAG